AUGCUUCGAGAAUACCGACAGCACGUGACGCCCACACCAAACAACAACAAGAGUCAGCAAGACACACCGGCAACAACCACCAAAUCUUGCCAAGCAGAGACCCAAGAAGAAGAAGAACAGGAGGGAUCUCAAAUUGGUGUGAAGCCGUCUAUGUCCGGCAAACACAGAGACGGGAAGCAUCACUGCCACACGACGACGAUUACAAGCCACAGAUCUGAUGAUAAUCAAACCCAGCAAUGGCAAUAUCUGCAGUGGACCGCAAUGUCCAGAAAACUAGGGGACGGCAAUAGUCUAAAUCCACUGUGCGUCCAGGCACUGUUCACUGUUAAAGCAGGGUUCUCGAAAAAGAGGUUUGGAAAGAUUUCAUUGGAUAGAUUUGAUUUUCCAGAAGCAGGAGGGUUCUCGUCGGUCACACCAAACGCCGUUGCAUCUCAUUUUUCAGUCCCCAUUUCACCCCAAAUCCAACAAGAGUAUUUGUUCCGCUCAACAACAAACAACAACAUGGGUCCAUCACCAUCCCACAACGGAGAUCAGGAGGAAGACGAUAGACGAGACGGCCCUGCCGAUCCGGAGGGUCAUCGUUUUCAAUAUGAGUGGGAAGUUACCACAACCGAUGAGUCCGAUGAUGAUGCUAUCUCAGCAGAAACUGAAACUACCAUUACCCAAUCGCAUCACAAUCAUCAUCAUUACCAAGAUGCCACUGGCAGUAGUCAAGAUGGUCCCAUAGAAGAUGUGGUGACAAAGGCAGUGUCUGGCGGGGAAGCUGCCGACGAAGACGGCCCUAUAGAAGAGGUUGUGACCGUGGUGUCUGGUGGGGAGACUUCCAGUGAAGAGAUCACUAAUAGACAGCAGAAAAGGAGUGAAGAUACUACUAGUAGCAGUUGGAACAAGCUUGAGAUGCUGGAAGAUGAUCAAGAACAAGUGCCACAGACCCAUCACAGAGAGGCAGAUACCCGUUUGCAUAGGCACUCUUCCUCGGUUGGGACAACACCACGGUCCUCGCCACGGUCGCAUCUUGGAGCAAGAACGAGAAGGUCACUGGGAAAACGCAAGGAGGAGACUUCUCGUCACCUUACUAGUUCUAUCAUUUCAACUGCUACUGCUCCACUCCGCUCUCGAGUCAGCAAGACACACCGGCAACCACCGAAAUCUUCACAAGCCGAGACCAAAGAAGAAGGAGAAGAAGAACAGGAUGCAUCUCAACAUGGUGAACCGUUGGUGGGAGCCAUCAAUGUCCGGCAUAACAGUCAGACUGGGAUCGUCACUGCCACACGACGACUGCAAGUCACGGAAAGCAGGAACAUUCCAGUGGAAACAAGACGUGGUAUCGCGGUGGCAAACAGGAGUUUGUUCACCCCUCCAACUGAAACGGCAACAACAAGGACAAACCUGGCAAUGGCAACUCUCGUCCUACAGGAUGAAACAACAAUACUUCCAUUGGCACAGGAACUCUUCAACAAUAAUCAUCGACGCAACAACACACGGCUGAAAUACCGGUUUCUGUUGUAUUUUGCAGUGGGCCUGGUUCUUUUAGUGGGGAUACCACUCCUCGUCUUCUUUGUGGUACGCACGUUCACGGGCGCCAACGAUGAGGAGGAGGAGUUCGACGCUACUAGUAUCGAGGGCAUGAUGGACCUGGAUGGAACGAAAGUCCCCAUUGAGGAGUAUAUUCUCUCCUUGCUUCCCCAAGACACCAUCUCGAGCAUUAUUAUUGAUAGCAGUAAUGACGAUGAAAUGACGGCACAAUCCAAAGCAUUCCGGUGGGUUCUCGAAGAUCCCAUACUGAUGACAUACGAACCAUGGCGGAUCAUUCAACGCUUUGCUCUAGCUACACUCUACUACGCCACCGAAGGGGAUCAGUGGCUGGAGAACACAGACUGGUUGAGUUACACAGUCCAUGAAGCCUUGUGGUACAAUGUCGACUCCUUGCGAUUCAAGUUUCCGCGGUUUCAACAAUUUUUUGAACUCGUUUUCAACUACGAUGGAGAUGCAUUGGAGCAUCUUUGGUUAUCGGGGAAUCGACUCCGAGGCACUAUUCCCGAUGAAGUAUACCUGUUGACGAGUGUCCGUACCAUGGACUUGUCCAUCAAUCAACAAUUGGGGGGGACGCUGGCUUCCCAAGUGGCCAACCUGGAUCGUCUGGAAAUUCUCCUCCUCUACACAACGGGUCUCACUGGAACCAUUCCGACAGAGAUUGGUCUAAUGGAAACAACGUAUUUCUGGCUUUUGCUGGGGAAUUCAUUGACAGGAACUCUGCCCUCAGAGGUUGGCCAACUCAGGAAGUCCUGGUUCUUUACUGUUGACCACAACAAACUCACAGGUACACUGCCAACAGAGCUCGGUCUACUCACAGAUAUGCAUUCCCUGUGGCUCUUCAGCAAUCAGUUCUCUGGCAGCAUCCCUUCCACGUUGGGUCAGCUGACAACGCUGCAGUCCAUGGGGUUGAAUGACAACAAAUUGAGUGGAACCAUCCCAAAAGAGCUGCAAAGCUUGUUUGGCCCACCAAAAUUUUCAUUGUAUGUAGACACGAUUGUGGAACAUUAUCCGGAUGUGGCACUGGCCUCAGAUUUCUUGUUGGCUGGUCUGAGACCUGCAACCCACCUUUUGUUGCAACGAAACCAGUUGACGGGGACUCUACCCAAGCUGCCAAGCGAGUUACAUGUUUUUGGAGGGCACGAGAACCAGCUCACUGGUACUCUGUCUGCCGACUUGGCCGAAGCCACAAACCUUGUGGCGCUAACUUUGUGGGCGAAUCCCUUGACAGGCACUGUCCCUUCGCAGCUUGGUUUGAUUUCUGAUUUACGGUAUCUCUUUUUGAAUCACUGUAUUCUGACGGGAAGUAUUGCUACCGAGAUGCAACAGUUGCUAGGUUUGAGAGUGUUGUUGUUGGCCAACAACGCACUGUCAGGGACCAUCCACGAGGGGUUUUCUCGCUUGUUUGCUUCAGAGACAAGACCAUGCUGUGACAUCGAGGCUUUACCAUACGUUGGGACAGAAUUGGACCUUUCCCACAAUCUCAUGGCAGGCCCACUCCCCACGCGGUUGGGACCCAAGCUUGUCCGUUUUGCGGUUGCAUGGAACCAACUAACUGGUACCAUUGCACCCCGUUUGGGCCGAAAUGACUUGCUCCAGUAUUUUGAUGCGGGGCAUAAUUUGCUCUCCGGUACCCUUCCGAGCCAUAUUUCCAGGUGGACAACUCUGAAGGAAUUCAAUGUGGCUUCGAACCGUUUGACUGGCUCGAUCCCAUCCGAGAUUGGUGAACUUGUUUCGGAGGGAUCCAAUGCAACGAUUUUUGACCUAUCCAACAACUCGUUCACCGGAACACUUCCAUCAAGCCUUUGCAGGCAGGACAUGUCCAGUUUCUUGUUUAGCUGCACAGAUGUGCUGUGCGGCUGUGAUUGUCCGUGCUAA